AUGUCAUCAUCGGCUUCAACGCAGAGCGCGCAGCGGCUCUUCAACAUCCUGGACCAAAAUGAGUCGGGGUACAUUGAGCGUGAGGAGCUGGACCAGUUCCUGUACAUCAUCGGCGUUGUCGAUGAAGAUCUCCGCAAGCAGCAGAUCCCUGCCAUCUUGCAGGAAAUGGACCUUGACGGAGACGGGCGCAUCUCUUUCCAGGAGUUUGUGACGGUUGCGGAGAAGAUGGGAUUGGACUUUGAAACAACCCUGCAGGCCGCUGAAACAGGGCCCGACCAGCCACUGGACGACAGCAUGGUCACCAACGUCAGCAUGGAUGACAGCCAAAUGACCCAGCAACAGCACGCCAGUGACACACCAAGCAAGCACGAGGCUCGUCCGGCCUCGGGCCGUGCCGCAAAGCGCUCAUCCAUGACGGCCGUGCAGGCCAUGACCCUCUUUGACGAGCUGGACAUGGACGGCGACGGCAAAGUGGAGGGAAAUGAAAUUGCGCACAUGCUUGGCAAGCGAUGUGGCAUCACCAACGAGCGCGAACAGGAUCUCGUGCUGAACAACAAGUUCGGCAUCGCUCGUGAUGAAUGCCUAUCGCAAGAGCAGUUCCUCGCCCUGAACCUCGAAGGCAAACUGGACAUGCGUAUGCUGCGCAACCCAGAGCCAAAAGAACUCAGCGCCGUCGCCAUGGGCAUGUCGAGGCAAAAUGCCGUGGUCAACACCCCGCCACCCAAAUCUGCCGUGACAAAGAUGAUGCCAAAGGACAAACUCGACACUCUGUGGCAACUGUUCAACAUUGCAGACGAGGACCGUGACGGCACCAUUGGCAUGGAGGAGCUGAGCAGCAUGCUACAGGAUGAGUCACUGCUUGGGAAGUACGGCCUUGCCCUUGGCCACUUGGAUGCAGACAUCACCGAACGCAUCAUGCAAGACGUCGACUCAAGUGGCGACGGCGUGCUGGACUUUGACGAGUUCUGCCUCGCCUUCUCCGGCCUCCUCGAGUCUGGCACGCAGUCGGGCAUGUCCACCAUCAUUGCCGCGGAGGCACGCGCGCUGCUGGAGGAGAACAAGAAACUCAAGAAACAGCUCAAGUCCGAAAAGGAUGAUGCCGCCAGCUAUCGCCGUCAGAUGGAACACCGCGUCAAGUCAGAGAACCUCGAUCUGCUCGAAUCCCAUGAAUCGGUUGAAGCCGAGCUGCGGCAAGCUCUGGACAAGAUCAAGACGUUGGAAAAGGCCAAGCGUCUCUCAGACAUGCAACUUCGUGAGCUGCGUCAAACGCUGGCAGAAUACAAGGAGCGCAACGACAUGGAUUCCAGUGCUCUCCUCCGCAAGGCUGCAGAUGCUUCGGAUGAAGGGAUUAAGAUCCAUUAUUUGGAGAAGCAACUCAAGGACCUCCAUGACCACAACGAGGUGCUGGAGCGUGCGCUCACAGACACGCUGAAGGAGAAGGACAACGCAGAGGCGAGUGCAAAGGCCGAGCUCUCCGCCAUGCGAGAGCGGAUUGGGCAGCUCAAGGCAGAGAAGGAGCACUUGGAGGUGGCGCUGGCAGACAGUAAGCGCGUGACAUCCCAGAGCACCUCAUCGGAGGCAACGACAGACACAGGGGACGCCAGCGACCUCCACACGGAUCUCAAGACGCUCCAGCAGCAACUCGCUUCACAGAAGGCGCUGGCCUUUGAUCUCACCAACGAGCGAGACUCCCUGCAGAAGGAAGUGCGGCAGCUGCGCGCGAAGGAAGAGAGCGACAAGUCCGCUGCGUCGUCGAGUGGCGCUUCCAAGCAGGAGAUGGAAUCCCUCAACGCACGUCUCAACGCAGCCAUGAUCGAGCUGCGUGACACGCGUGAACAGAGCAAGCAGCUUGAGACUCGCCUGCUUGAGUCGGAAGCAGAGCGCACUCGUGGCCAAGAAUCCAUGGAUGAGAUAAAGUCGAAGCUGGAGGAAUACGAAGCUGACCAAGCAAGGCUUGAGGAAGAGCGCAAGGAAGUGGUUGACAUGAAGAAGGAGAUGGAGGCACUGCAAGCAAUGGUUGUCGCUCAAACAGCAGAACUCGCCAUGCGCGGAGAGCCACAGGCGGAGAUUGAGCAGCUGCGAUCUGAGCUGGAUCUUCAACGCAAACUGACGGAGGAGGCCGAAGCACGUGCCAAGGAGGCUGUUGAUCUGCGUGAAAAGGCUCUUGCGGCUUCACACAGCGAGGCCCAACCAGCUGCCGCAGCAGACACUUCUUCGGUGAAUAAGCGGCUGGGUGGCGAGCUGAACACAUCAACCCAGACGACCACGCUUCAGAACAUCCAGGCCAUGGCCGCGCUGCGUAAGGAGAACAAGACCCUCAAGAGCAUGCUGAAGCGUCUGCACGAGGCAUACAAGAAAAAGUCGGCCGGGUCGGCCGAUGAAGAACUCGCCCGCCUGCGCAAGGAGUUACAAACGGCGUGUGCUGAGAUUGCACGGUUGACUGUUGAGCUGGACACCGCCCGCCAGAGUCGUCAGUCCACCUCACACCACUCCCGCGAAGCUGAGGAGCUUGCACGCGAGCUGGCGGACAAGAAUGCCGUUCUUCUGCAAAUGGAGGAGGCGCUGCAGUCCUCUGAGGAGCGAUUGCAGAAUGCAUUGGAAACCAUUCGCACGUUCAGGGACCAGGCCUGUGUGCAGAUUGAAGUGAAGAAAGAGACAAUCCAUACACGCGAGAAGCGGAAUGGGCAGCGCGUUCCAGUUGACAAGAAGCAGGAGCAGAAGAUUGUGACGUACUUCACAGACGCAAAGAACCCCGAGCUGAGGAGCAGCCCGUGGUCGGAGGCAGAAGACCGCGUCCUCCUUCAGGGACAACUGCAACUUGGCGGCGAUUGGGUGGAGAUUGCCAAGCUUCUCCCCGGCCGCUCAGAUGAAGACAUUGCCAACCGCUGGACAGUGCUCUCUCAGGCCCUCACCGCCAAGGCCAGAAACCGGGCCAUUGAACAGCGUGGGAUCUCGCCAACGUCGACACCGAACGGCGUCCGCAAUCAGCAGGAUGGCUCUGUUGACCACGUGUAUGCGAUGGCGCGUAAUCAGAGCGUGAUGAGCCGCAAGUCUGAAGGCAUUUACGAGCUGGCUGAUGUCGAAGACCAAGAGAAGAAGAUGAAGCUGCACAACAAGCACAACAACGACUUGGUAGGCGCAGCUUACGACGAACCAAGUCUGCUGGCGACCGUGUAG